UACAUUCAUUUUUCUAGUUCUUCUUUAAUGCUUGUAAAAGAGUCUAGUUAUUCUCUGUUGCAUCUCAGAAGUUCUUGUGCUCAAGUAAAGAAUCUUUGUUUCAUUCUCUCCUGAUGGUCUUUUCUCUGUUUUCAAUUUUACCUCUGAAUAGAAAUAAUGGAUAUGGUUAAUUUGGUAUCUUCUGGUUUUCUCUUCUAUCUAUGCUCAUGUUGAGGAGAAGUGUCAAGAACAAAGGGAAAUAUAAAAACAUUUGCUAUCUCUUCAAUUGUAGUGUUAUACUCGUUGCAGGUGCAAAAUGGUUGAGCAGAGAAUUAUGAGUGUUGUUCCUUCUUCCUCUAACUCUUGUACAAAAAAAUAUGAUGUUUUUAUAAGCUAUCGAGGUAAAGACACACGCAAGAACUUCAGCAGCCAUCUUUAUGAGGCUUUGAUGCAAAAGAAAGUGGAAACCUAUAUAGAUGAAGAUAUUGAAAAGGGUGAUGAAAUCUCAGCAGCACUGAUGAAAGCCAUUGAAGAUUCUCGUGUAUCUAUUGUUGUGUUUUCAGAGAAUUUUGCUUCCUCAAAGUGGUGCUUGAAUGAACUCAUAAAGAUUAUGGAUUGCAAGAAAGAGUUGGGACAGAUUGUAAUACCAGUGUUCUACAGCACAGAUCCAUCCCAUGUCAGGAACCAAACUGGGAGGUUUAUGGAGAGCUUUGUAAAACAUGAAGGAGAACCCAACUGCAUAAAAUGGAAAACUGCUCUCACUCAAGCAGCCAACUUAGCUGGAUGGAGCUCUCAAAAUUAUAGGACGGAUGCUGAAUUACUUAAGGACAUUGUUGGAGAUGUUUUGAAAAGAUUGCCUCCUAGAUGCCGAAACCAAUAUACCAUGGAGUGUGUUUAUGACUCAGUUGCAAGCAUUACAGCAGAGAAAAAGACAUGGAGGAUUCAGGUGAAAAUAAUAAGAAUGUGGACCAUACCAGGUUUACCGAAUAGUAGGCAACCAUUUUCUGUUGAAAUGGUUCUCAUGGAUGAUAAGGGUUGUAAGAUUCAUGCAUCAAUGAGAAGGGCCUUGAUCUACAAGUUUAUUAGUAUGUUAAAGGAAGGAAACAUCUACUGCAUGGGCUUUUUUACAGUUGGAUCAAAUGAUGGAGAUUAUAGAACAACUAAGCAUGAUUUCAAGCUAAACUUUGAGAUUAACACAGUUGUGGAAGAGUUGAAAGAGCCAUCCAUUACACAUUCACCAUAUUCUUUUGUUCCAUUUAACGAUAUGUUGGAAAAAGAAUAUGACAUGUCUUAUUUAGUUGAUGUUAUUGGAUUAGUCACAGGUGUUGUAAGUAAAAGAGAAUAUAUCAGACAAGAGAGAAAAAUCAGAAUGAUAGUUAUUGAGAUCGAGAGUGGGGGACUGAAGAUGGACUGUGCUCUCUUUGGAAAUUAUGUGGAUGAAUUGAAUUCCUUUCUUGGCUCUGGUGAAGUGGCUAGCCCUGUUGUUAUACAAUUUGCAAGAGUAAAGACUUUUAGAGGUAAAGUAUCAUUGCAAAGUAUGAUGCAUGGAACUAAACUAUUGUUUAGGGAGAAUGUUCCAGAGUCUAUAAAACUUAUGCAAAGAAUCACUCAAAAUAGUGAAGCUGUUUCUACAAUGCUUAGCCAACCUAAUGCUUCUCCCAAGUACAACAUGGAGCAAGAUUUCCUGUUCUUAACACCAAGAAAAACAAUUGAAGAGUUGAAAGACUUGAAGGAGGAUUGUUUUUGCAUAACUUUGGCCACCAUCAAAGACAUAGAAGAAUCUGAUAACUGGUGGUACACAGCUUGCAAAUGUAAUAAGUCUGUGUUCCCAGACUCCAAUAUGUAUUUCUGUGCUAAUUGCAAUCUCCAUGUUGUUACUACUUUCCCAAGGUACCGAAUCAAACUAAGGGUCAGUGAUGACACAGAUUCUGCAUCAUUUGUCGUCUUUGAUCAUGAAGUUUCUUCCUUAUUGAAGAUCAAAUGUGCAGAUAUGAUAAAGAAACAUAACAAGGCCAUCAACGCAACAAGUGUUCCCAGAGAAAUCAAAGACUUGAUUGGAAAAAUCUUGCUUUUUAAGGUUGAGAUAAAAAAGUUGAACAAUUCACAGUUUCAGUCUUCUUAUGCAGUAAAAAGAAUAUCAGAUGAUGAGUUGAUAAUCGAAAAGUUUCUAAAGCUUUCUGCUCUUAAAAUUGAAUUUGAUGUGCCAUUGGUCAAUGCUAACAAAUUCAAGUUCUGCUCUACACUGACCUCACCUUCAAAGCAGAAUUUGCUGCAAGAUUUCACAUGUGUGAGUGCUGAUAAAGAUUGCACUGAAGAGAUUACUCAUUCAAAAAGAAAGAGACAUGACUCUUUUGAUUUAGCUAUGGAAAGUAGAAAUAACAAGAUUUUGAAGACUCUCAAGGACACUGAAUGAAGAGUCAUUUACUUGUUUUUUAUUCAUUUUGUAGUUCAAAAACUAUGCAUCUGUUUUUAGAUGAGUUAGAAGUGCUUUUCAAAAAUUGUAUAAAAAAUUUAGAACUUUUCGAGGUUAUUUGGGAAAAACAGGUUAAUUUGAUUGGUGUUAACAGUGGCAGAAAGGUCUUUUUGGAAUUUAUACAAUGGUUUUAUGUGUAUUUUUA